AUGGGAUUUAAGGUAACUGCACUCCUCGCUCUUGUGGCCGUUGCCCUCGCCCGCCCUGAGAACAUACCGAUUUACGGUUAUGGCGCCACAACGCCCUCUUCAGGACCUGCCAAAUACGACUUUAAUUACGCCGUCAACGACCCACCAUCUGGCAACGACUUCGGUCAUCAGGAGGCCCGAGAUGGCCCUAACACUCAGGGUUCCUACUUUGUCCUACUUCCUGAUGGGCGUCUUCAGAGGGUCACCUACACUGUCAACGGUGAUUCUGGAUACGUUGCCGAGGUCACCUACGAGGGUGAAGCCCAGUACCCCUCAACGCAACGCCCUUAUACACCCGUCCCUCAAUAUGCCUAG